AUGAUACCCUUCAUUUCUGGACACGAAGAUCUUAUCCAUGAUGUAGCUUACGAUUUUUAUGGAAGACAUUUAGCAACGUGUUCAAGCGAUCAGCAUGUUAAAGUUUUUAGACUAGAUAAAGAAACAAACGAGUGGAUUCUAAGUGAUUCCUGGAAAGCACAUGAUAGUUCAAUAGUAAGUUUAGACUGGGCCUCGCCUGAAUUUGGCAGAUUAAUUGUAACGGCAUCUUAUGACAAGAAAAUUAAAAUCUGGGAAGAAGACCCCGAUAUUCCAGAGGGAAGCGGCAAAAGAUGGAUCAAUGUAACUACAUUAAAUGAUUCUAUUGGCCCAUUAUUUAGUGUCAAAUUUGCGCCUAGUCAUUUUGGUCUACGUAUAGGAUGCAUUGGGAAUGACGGGAUCCUUAGAAUAUAUGAUGCUUUAGAACCAUCAGAUUUGAAGUCAUGGACAAUUACCAGUGAGCUUAAAGUUUUGGCUACACCGCCAGCUUCUCAUUUACAAAGUGAUUUCGAAUUGGUUUGGUGCCCUAGUAGAUUUUACCAGGAAACAAUUGUUUGUUGUGCAUUAGACCAAGGAUUAAUAUAUCAACGUAAUAAGGAGGGUAAGUUAUUUUUGGCUGCGACCUUACCUGGGCAUAAGGGGCUAAUCAGGUCGGUUUCUUGGGCCCCAAGUAUAGGCAGAACCUAUCAGCUAGUUGCUACUGGCUGUAAAGAUGGGAAUGUUCGUAUUUUUAAAAUAACAGAUCAUAAUAAGUAUAUAGCUUCAAAUUAUAGUGGUAAUGGAGACAAUGAAGCAAAUAAUUCUACAAUUGCUGUUGAAUUGAUUGCUGAAAAGGAUGAUCAUAAGGGCGAAGUAUGGUCAGUAUCAUGGAAUUUAACUGGGACUGUUUUAAGUAGUGCAGGUGAUGACGGUAAAGUGCGUUUAUGGAAAUCUUCAUAUUCAGAUGAAUUUCAAUAAAAUAAGGUUGUGUUAAUAGUAAAUGUAGCAUCUAAAUGUGGAUUUACUCCACAAUAUGAAGAACUCGAGGAAUUGUACAAAAAAUAUCAUGAAAAAGGUUUGGAAAUAUUGGGAUUUCCAUGUAGUCAAUUUGGCGAGCAAGAACUGGAUACUCAAGAAGAAAUUAUUAAUUUUUGUAAGUUAAAUUAUGGUGUUACUUUUCCAAUUUUACAAAAGAUUAAAGUUAAUGGAGUAGAUGCAGAUCCUGUUUAUACCUACUUGAAAGCUCAGAAACCUGGUCUAUUAGGGUUCAGAGGUAUUAAAUGGAAUUUUGAAAAAUUUUUAAUAGAUAAAAAAGGUAUUGUAUUCAAAAGAUACUCAUCGGUUGUAAAACCAACUUCUAUUGAAGGUGAUAUCGCAGCUCUGUUAUGA